CGUGGCCCGGGGCCUUGGGGCGGGGCUUCCCGCGGACAAGGCCCGAACACGCGGUCAGGGUGCUGGGCGGGGCCUGCAGCGGGCGGGGCGCCCUGGAGCCACUCGGAGGCGGCCGGGUCCGGUGUCGGCGCGGAGCAUGGCCCCCGGCGGCCGCGGGCUCUCGCUGCUGCUGCUGCUGCUGCCUCUCCUGCUCCUGCCGCAGGUGGCGCUCGGCUUCGUUGACCGCCGCUGCGACCCCUCGGACCAGUGCCGCCGUCCCCGCAGGUGCCCGGCCCAGGCCCGUUGGAGCAGCCUGUGGCACGUGGGGCUCACCCUGCUCGCUGUCUUCCUGCUGCUGCUCUGCGGGCUCACGGCCAGCUGUGUCCGGUUCUGCUGCCUCCGGAAGCAGGCUCGUGUCCAGUCUCACUCGCCGUCCGCGUGGCAGCGCUGCCACCUGACAGUCAUCCGUGUGGACAGCGACAGCCCUGUGCACAGCACGGUGACCUCCUACAGCUCCGUGCAGUGCCCACUGGGCAUGCGGCCACCUCUGCCCUUUGGGGAGCUGGACCUGGACCCCCUGGCUCCUCCUGCCUACAGCCUCCACGCCCCCGAGCUGCCACCCUCCUACGAUGAGGCUGUGAAGAUGGCCAGACCCGGAGAGGAAGACCUGGCUCCCUCCCAGAAGCCCAGUGCUCUCCCCGGGGUCUCGAGCCCCUAGACCACUCCAGGGGCCCAGCGCCCAGGGCCCUAGGCUUGGUGCCCCCAGGAGGGGAUGAGCCAUCGGACCAGAGCUUGUGGUGCUGGGGCCUCGAGCCAGGGCCCCCCGGGGACAUGCUGCACGUGUCACAUGUGGCCCCGCUGCUCUGUGACGCCUGCCGGGCCCUCUGUCCACAGCUCCCGGAGGCUGCUGCCUUCUCAGCCCUGGGCCCAGCCCAGAGGUCCCCGCCCGGAGAUGGCCCAGGGGCCUGAGCCCAGGGAGCUCAAGGCUGCGCCAGCCACGGCUUUUGGGAGAGAAUAAAGUUUACACCUAA